AUGCCAUCUCCUACUGCUUAUCUGAAACUGGGUCACAGGAAGCAGCUGAAGCUGAUCUGCCUACUUCCUGCCACUGACCGAGCUGCAGUGCACCGGCCCCUUAUGGCCUUUCUGACAGGUGCUGAGCCCAUGGGUAACUGGGAACACCCUGACCAGGACACAAACCCCAGCCUCCUGCACCAAAUAAAUGGGCUUAAGGCACACCUACGCAUCCACAGUGGACAAAGGCCAUAUCUCUGUGGCCAGUGUGGGAAGACUUUCAUCAGAAAGGAUGUGCUUAAAAUCCACCAAUGUAUCCACAGUGGAGAAAGACCAUAUGACUGUGAACAGUGUGGGAAGACUUUCACCCAGAUGAGUAGCCUUAAGUCACACCUACGCAUCCACACUGGAGAAAGACCAUAUGAGUGUGACCAAUGUGGGAAGACUUUCACCCACAUGCAUCAGCUUCAGAUACACCUACGCAUCCACACUGGAGAAAGACCAUAUCACUGUGACCAGUGUGGGAAGACUUUCAUCAGAAAGGCGUUGCUUAAAAUCCACCAAUGCAUCCACAGUGGAGAAAGACCAUAUGAGUGUGAACAGUGUGGGAAAACUUUCACCCAGAUGGAUAACCUUAAGAGACACCUACGCAUUCACAGUGGAGAAAGACCAUAUCACUGUGAACAGUGUGGGAAGACGUUCACCCAAAUGAAUCACCUUAAGAUGCACCUACGCGUCCACAGUGGAGAAAGACCAUAUAACUGUGACCAGUGUGGGAAAACUUUCACCCAGAUGAAUGGGCUUAAGACACACCAACGCAUCCACAGAGGAGAAACACAUCGAAACAGUUUGAGUGUUACCAAUGUGAACAAAGACUCUUGCCACACUCUGCUCUCUCCUACCAUCAACACAGAUGUGAAUCAUCGUCUAGACCAAACAAAACCUCAGCAUCAGAUGACAACAAGAAACGCAGUGUCUGAACCAGCAGCACUGACUUCUUCUGACAACAUCAAACUUAAAAACCUCCAGAUCUGGCUCCAUAGAGUCCAGAUGUAAGGCACACCUAUGCACCCACAGAGGAGAAAAGCCAUAACACUGUGACCGGUGUGGGAAGGCUUUCAAAGAUAGAUAGAUAGGUAGAUAGAUAGGUAGAUAGAUAGAUAG